GUCACAGGAGCGCCGCGGUCCCAACAUUCUUUGACCUGUGGAGCGAGAGUGGAGUUCCCCACGAUGUCGGCUACCGGAGCAGCUUUGGGAUCCUUGGUAACGGAUCUGUACGACGUGCAGGCUUUCAAGUUUGGGAACUUCGUGCUGAAGAGCGGGCUGUCUUCUCCGGUCUACAUAGAUCUGCGGGGCAUUGUGUCUCGACCACGUCUUCUGAGUCAGGUUGCAGAACUUUUAUUCCAAACUGCCCGAAAUGAGGGGAUCAAUUUUGACACCGUCUGUGGAGUGCCUUACACGGCUUUACCAUUGGCUACUGUCAUCUGUUCAACGAACCAAAUUCCAAUGCUCGUCAGAAGGAAAGAAACAAAGGAUUAUGGUACCAAGCGUCUUGUAGAAGGGGCUAUUAAUCCAGGAGAAAACUGUUUGAUCAUUGAAGAUGUCGUUACCAGUGGAUCUAGUGUUUUGGAAACUGUUGAGAUUCUUAGGAAGGAGGGCUUAAAGGUCACUGAUGCCAUAGUGCUGCUGGACAGGGAACAAGGAGGCAAGGAUAAGUUGCAGGUACAUGGGAUUCGUCUCCACUCAGUGUGUACAUUGUCCAAAAUGCUGGAGAUUCUUGAGCAACAGGAAAAAAUUGAUGCUGAGAUGGUUGAGAGAGUGAAGAGAUUUAUUCAGGAGAAUGUUUUUGUGGCAGCUGAUCCUAAUGAUUCUCACCUAUCUAUAAAGAAAGCACCCCAAGAACUCAGCUUUGGUGUACGGGCAGAGCUGCCCAGGAUCCACCCAGUUGCAUCAAAGCUUCUCAGACUUAUGCAAAAGAAGGAGACCAAUCUGUGCCUGUCUGCUGACGUCUCAGAGUCCAGAGAGCUACUGCAGGUAGCAGAUGCAUUAGGACCCAGCAUCUGCAUGCUCAAGACUCAUGUAGACAUUAUGAAUGAUUUUACUCUGGAUGUGAUGAAGGAGUUAACAGCUCUGGCGAAACACCAUGAGUUUUUAAUAUUUGAAGACCGGAAAUUUGCAGAUAUAGGAAACACAGUGAAAAAGCAGUAUGAAGGUGGUGUCUUUAAAAUAGCUUCCUGGGCGGAUCUAGUGAAUGCUCACGUGGUGCCAGGCUCAGGCAUUGUGAAAGGCCUGCAAGAGGUCGGCCGGCCUUUGCAGCGGGGGUGCCUGCUCAUUGCAGAAAUGAGCUCCGCUGGCUCCUUGGCCACUGGGAACUAUACUAAAGCAGCGGUUAAAAUGGCUGAGGAGCAUUCUGAAUUUGUGAUUGGUUUUAUUUCUGGAUCCCGAGUAAGCAUGAAACCAGAAUUUCUUCACUUGACUCCAGGAGUCCAGUUAGAAGCAGGAGGUGACAAUCUUGGCCAGCAGUACAGUAGCCCACAGGAAGUUAUUGGCAAACGGGGUUCCGAUAUCAUCAUUGUAGGCCGGGGCAUACUGGCAUCAGCUAAUCGUCUGGAAGCAGCUGAGAUGUACAGAAAAGCUGCCUGGGAAGCUUACUUGAGUAGACUUGGCAACUGAGUGUCUCAGAUACAUUUUGUGAAGGUUUGAAGACCCAUUGUCUCCUGAGAGGUAUAGGCUAGAAAUAACAAGCAGCCUUCGAUACUGUUUGGGUUUUUCCAUCAGAAUGACUUCUCAAGUUACCACAGUGUUUAGGAAAUAUUGAAUGGUUGUAAUCACUGCAUUAUUGCUGUAAUAAGUUCAUUUUUAAGCAUUCUUUUCAGUGAGACUGAUGUUGGCUAUGCAUUUACAGUCCCGUCUGUGUUAAAAUCUCCCCCACUAUCUGUAGAUCAGAUUUGAUUCUUUUAAGUGCCAUGACACAAAAAUUUUAGGAAAUACAGAGUACAACAUUU